AUGCAGUCAUCCAACCAAGAGAACUUCUUCGAGACGGACGCGCAGCAGGCCAAGCGCCAGCUGCGGGCCAAGAAGGAGGCAAACACCUUUGGCAACCCACUGCGCAUGCCCUCCAAGCUCCUGGCCGUCAUCCCGGACCCCAAGAAGCCACACGUUUCCGUCUUGGUCGCCGAGUCGGGCGGGCGGGUCUCCCGGGUCGACACUGAGACACGCACCGUCACGGCAAAGUACACGGGCCCGUCGGUCCCCGUGACGUGCCUCGCGACCGGCGGCGCCUCGGACGACGUGCUCUUCGCCGGCAGCUGGGACAAGACGGUCUGGUCCUGGGACCUCGCCACGCGCCGCCCGCUCCGCCGGUACGACGGGCACUCGGACUUCGUCAAGGCCGUCGUCUGCGGCCGCCUCGGCGGCAAGCCGAUCCUCGUCAGCGGCGGCGCCGACAAGAAGAUCAUCGUCUGGGACGUCGACUCGGGCCGCAAGCUGCACACCCUGCAGGACCCGACCACCACCAUGAUGUCGCUGCAGCACCUCGCCGUCGACCCCGUGCUAAGCACACCCGACGAGAUUGUCCUCGUCAGCGCCAGCAGCGACCCACACAUCCGCCGGUGGCGCGUCACCCUCGACUCGUACUCGCAGCUGCCCGUCGACGAUGCGGCGGCGAAGACGACCGGGGCUGGCGAGGAGAAGCUCACGAUCCAGGAGCACGAGACGAGCGUGUACAAGGUCCUCUUCGACGCCGCGGGCGACGAGGUGGACCUCUGGACCGCGAGCGCUGACGGGACUGCCAAGCGCCUGCUGCGCGAGAGGGCCUUCGCCGCCGACGACGUCUUCGAGCACGGCGACUUCGUCCGCGCCAUCGCCCUGGCCGGGGAGUGGGUCGUCACGGCCGGCAUCAGCCAGCAGAUCAAGGUGUGGGACCGCACGUCGGGGGCCCUGCGGGCCGUCGUGGACGCCCACUUUGACGAGAUCACCGACCUCGCUGUCCUCCGCGACCCCGCCGGCCGCGCUGCCGCCGACGUGCUGUGCAGCGUCGCCAUCGACUGCACGCUGCGGACGUGGCCGUUGGACGGCCGGGGGCUGGACGCCAUCGUCGAGGAGAUCCGGGCCGCUGCCGAGGCCGUCCCGGAGGAUGGGCAGGCGGAGCCGGCGAAGAAGGAGGGAGGGGACGGGCUGAUGACGGCCGAGGAGGAGGCCGAGCUGGCGGCGCUGAUGGAGGACGAUUAG